UCAAUCUUCGUUACUAUUUUAAUGAACUUUUGAAAAUGUUUAUCCAGCCAACAUUGAUGAUAAACCAUAGAAGCAUAAACAUUUCAGGAGUUACUAGAUAAUUUUACCAGACAGGUUCUAAUAGUCAUGAUGCGAUUCGGUAAAGUUUCAUUUCUGCUGUUUUUAUUUGAGAUUUAUUUUCAAUCUGCUUGCGGCGAAAACCUAUUCGUCUACCCAGACGUGUUUAAUGAUACUGAUCGAGAUUUAUUUGAAGUUGGGUCUUUUCCAAAUGAUUUCCAAUUCGGUGUUGCUACUUCAGCCUAUCAGGUGGAGGGUGGGUGGAAUGUGGAUGGGAAGGGGGUGAACAUAUGGGACACCUGGACCCACCCACCCCUCAGUCCAGUCUACCAACAUCAGACAGGAGACGACACUGACAAGAGUUAUUAUUUGUGGGAGAGGGACAUCCAACUAAUCAAAGAUUUGGGCGCCAAAUUCUACCGCUACUCCAUCUCGUGGGCUCGCAUUCUCCCACGUGGAGUCUACGAAACCGAAGACGACAUCAACUGGGCAGGAGUUUAUUUCUACAACGAAACCAUCAAUAACUUGACCAGAGCGGGAAUCGAACCUAUGGUCACAUUGUUCCACUGGGAUUUACCGCAAGCGUUACAAAACAAAGGUGGCUCAAUUGUGCCCGAGCUAUCUGAUUGGUUCGCGACAUAUGCCGAGUUGUGUUUUCGGCUAUUCGGCGAUCGGGUAAAAACUUGGAUCACUUUCAACGAGCCUAAAUCGGUCGCAAUUUGCUACGAGCUUGCAGAAUGCGCCCCUGGAAUUCUAAAAAUAGGGGUCGGUUACUAUUUAGUUUUACAUUAUCAAUUGCUUGGUCACCAGAAAGCGUGGCAUAUUUACGACCAGAAAUACAGAAGUUCCCAGCAAGGCAUUGUCGGAAUAACUGUUAACGGGGGUUGGGCUAUCCCUUUUUCCGAUUCACAAGCCGAUAUCGAUGCCGCUAACCGAGAAAUGGAAUUAAAAUUAGGAAGUCUGCUGUCGCCUUUAGUCGGGACAGGUAAUUACCCGCAAGUCAUGAUUGACAGCAUUGGAAACCGAAGUCUACAACAGGGUUUCAACGAAUCACGACUUCCGAAAUUUACCGCCGAAGAACAAAAAUUGCUCCUCGGGGCGACUGAUUUUGUGGGGAUUAAUUACUACACCGCUUCAGUAUGCAAAGCGGCGAACUUCCCAACUAGCCGAAUUCCCAGAAUGUUUAACGACCAAGACGUGUACAAAUUCCAGCUGCCAGAAUGGCCAAAAUCGGCGUCGUCGUGGCUGAAAUCAGUUCCAUAUGGACUCAGAAAAAUAUUAAAAUGGGUAAAAAGUAAGUACAAUUAUGGAAACAAAGCAAUAUACUUAACAGAAAAUGGCUUCAGUGAUUGGCCUAGAAGUUGCAAUGAUUCUCUUGACGUGAACAAAACUCAAUAUAUUGUGGCGCAUUUGAACGAAUUAUACAAAUUGAUCAAACAUGACAAAAUAAACGUGAAAAGAUACACCUUAUGGUCUUUGAUUGACAACUUCGAAUGGAUUGAUGGUUUCAGCAAAAAGUUUGGCGUGUUUUGCGUUGAUUUUGACGAUUCAGAAAGAACUCGAGUUUCGAGAUACUCCUCCAAAAUAUUCUCAGAAAUAAUCACCAAUAACGGAUUUGACAACUCUUCAUUAAUCAAAAAUUUGAAUGAUAAUAACAUUUUGACAGCUGUUUCUUGAUUGAUGAAACUUUUUUAAUGAU